AAUUCUAAAUCCCUAGAUCUAAAAAUUACUUUCGAGGCUGGUCGGAAAACCUAGCAGUCGCUUAUUGUCAAAUUAACCAUGGAAGAAUCCGCCGUCAGAGGUCUGGAAUCGAAGGAUACGAACAAUCGUAAAUGGUACUCCUUUUUUUCUUUUUGGUUUUGGGGGUACUUAGAAUUUGUCAUUUUGAUAAUAUAUUAUCUCCUGUAGCUUUAGUAAGAUUUCCGUCGAGGGAUACGACACUUCGGUUCAUGAGUUUCCUCUCAAGCUCGCGUUGGCAAAGCAUUUCGCUUCAUGCGGAAAGAUUGUAGAUAUUGAUGUUCCCAGAGACUUUAAAAAGCGUAUCCUCAAGAGGUUUUGGGGAUUUCAAUUUGGUCUCUCUCAUUUUUGUUAAAAUUCAACACUCUAAAACAAGUUUUUCUCUCUUUUUUCACAGUCCUCUCUUCAUUAUUUUUCAUGCGAAAGAAGGAGAAAGUCCCGUAGACAAGGCAUUGGAACUUAGUGGGACUGACGUGGGAGGAUGGAAUGUAGUCGUGAAGUCUCUACCCGGGCAGCAAAUGUACAGAGAUCCUGGGGGAGUCGACCGCUUCAAAGGAGAACGCACGCUCAUAGUUAAGGUAUAUGAUACACCUUCUACGUUGUCUAAGAUUGAUCUCCAGAUCGGGCUGUGUAAACAUUUCUCUUCAUGUGGAGAGGUCACCGGUAUAAGUGUUUUGGUCCACGGAAACUUGUGCUGUCACGAAAGUAAAGCUCGAGUUGAUAUUAUGGGAAAAGGAUGUGUAGACAAGGCGCUGGAACUAAGUGGACGUACCGCAGAUGGAUGGAAGAUUGUAGUUUAUUUUGUUGUGCCGCCAGCAGGCAGAAAAUUAAAGCCUACUGGAAGUGGACAUCCAACUAUUGGAGUUGAGAGGAUGAAGAAGGCUGAACUUAAGAAGAAGGCUAAGAUGGAGAUGAUGGACAAGGGUAAGAAGAAGAGGAAAACUACGGAGUAGAAGGCCAAGUAUGAUGUCUUUGACUGGAUGUUAAAAAGGGAAGCUUAAUAAUCAAUAUCCGUUUUCAUUAUUACCCAAGAGUAUAUUUACCGUAUGCAUGCGAUUCCAUUGAUUAGGUAGACAUAAGCAUGUUUUUGCCAGUUCUUUACGUUAGUUAUCAGCAUAAAACACAAACUGCACAUAUAACCAAUAGCUGAAUUUUACGAUAUGGGAGAUAUACAGCAAGUUAUAUUUUACAAGA